CGAUUUGUAUCCUUGUUUAAUCUAGUCAGAGAUCUACUGAAAAUGGUCAAAAUGAUUUCGAGAUGGUCUCAGACGUCUGACACUGACACUACUGACAGCGUUGGUGUUGGAUUCUAUGAAUGUGAAGAACUCGCCCACAGUGGGAGUUAUGGAAGUAGAUCUAGAUCUAGAUCGCCAUUGGAUUGGGCAGCAGAAAGGCGAGAACUGCAAGGGCAAGGGACACCAGAAGUUAAGGCUAAAGUUAAAGCGGAGUCCCCGACAAAGCCAUUGAAGGUUUGGAGUUGGGACCGUCAGAAGAAGAUCUCUGUCACAGCAUGCUCCCUGCACCAGGCAAAAAUGAAAGAUAUGGGCAUCGAUGAGCCAGAUGCUGCUAGUUACGGGGAGGCUUGGGACAGCGAAAUGGCGGGUCUGUUGAAGGGAGUGAGACAUGAUAUCCUCAGAAUCGUCUCCUUUUCCGAAGAACAACUGCAGAAAAUUGUCGACUGUGACACUGCCCUGCUGUCUCGGUACGUCGGGGCCAACGAGCGGUUCACGGAAAGCUUGAAAGAGGGCUGCCAACGCCACCUGGACGAGCGCUACCGCACGUCGGAGAUCAUGAACAUUCUGGAACAGCUUGAAAAGUCACCGCAAGCUUGGAGUUUGGCAGGGGGCGACAGGGGUGAUUCAAAUUCAAGGAAGAGAAGGCACGAUGACAGUAAUGGCAGUUGUAAUUAAAUUCCUGUAGGUAGGGGCCGUUCAAAUAUAAUCUUACGCCUGGGAGGGG